UCGCGGCCAUCACGUUCCUUCUUCAAGAGCAGCGCAUAUCCUACAAUCGGAAUCACCACCGUUAGCAUGCCGAUUCUGAACGAGUACCAGGUUGGUUUGAAGUGGUCAAUGUGGUUAACUCGCAUGGCCUGGAAGCGUGCCAGCCCUUUGUCGAACUGUAGGAAGAAAGAAAAAAAGGUAACCAUCAAUGAGAUUUCCGAUGUUUUGGUUUGUGCCCUAGAGUCGAUGACAUAAUCACGCCCGGACGAAACUGGAAAACAACUUACCACUCCUGUGCUCUCGCCACGUAAGUAAUUGUUCGGAUUUGUCAUCGUCCGCCAGUAUUCAUUACGCAAGGCGGCUCGGUGGGCCGCCUUUUCCUGCUGGAUCUGUUCCGGGGCGGACAUUUUUGGUUUUGCAAACACCACAAAUUGCGAUAUACCCUACCGAUGGGCUAUAUCCACUGACAGUUGCUCAGUAUGUUGGCGAUGUUUGCGUUGUGCUCAAUUAGACCAAGAGCUAGUGCACUGCAUCUUAUUCCGGAUCAUCAAUCCUCACAGUGAUAUUGACAAUGUCCGACACAUUUAUUGGCGAAGAGUACAUUCUAGGCGAUGAGCAAUAUAUUCCUGGAAGUGCCAGCGCUCGGGAGGAGAAACAGGAAACUCUUCGUGCAUUCAUCGAGCAAUAUGAAGCAGCACCCGAACUAUGGGAUCCAACCAAUCCAAAGUAUACCAACAAGAUGAUGAGAGAUAAAGCUCUCGAUCGACUUUUACCCUUCCUGGCAAGAUUCAAGCUGAACGCCAAUAGAAGAGAAGAUGUCAAAGAUAAGAUAAACAGCCUCCGGACAAAUUACAGAAAAGAACUCGUACGAACAAAAAAGCCGUUCAAGGGUACAGGCGAACCUUACACACCCUCGUCGUGGGUUUUCUAUGCUUUGUCAUUUCUUGAGCCAGCUCUAAAAUCAGCUCAGCGAAAGAGCAAGGCAGACGCAACAGCCGAUCAUCAGGAUUCAGAGCAGCUAGAGGAUGCUCCGUUAAGAGAAGAAGAAAAUGAUCAACACGUUCAACAGACACCUGCGGUUGAUUGCACACCAUCGAAAACUCGAACGCUUUCCACAGUACCAUCACCGCAGAAAGUUCUACAAACCACCACCAAAAGACAAAGAUCGCAAAGUUCGCUGAAAAAGCAAAAAUCACCUCCGCCAAAACGCCUCUUGGAAAGCCCAUCACCAGCUCCUCAUCCAAAUCAUGACGGCAGCAUCCCAACAAUUGCGAAAGCUUGGGGGGAAAAACUGUCGACACUGGAUUCAACGCAACGGGUCUUCGCGGAGAAGGCGAUCAAUGAUAUCCUUUUUGAGGCGAGCUUGGGCACUCUGCAUCGCAAAUCCGUGCAAAUCAAUGCGGAAUAGUGCGGUCGGUGUUUCCACACCAUUCGGAUGAUGUACUUCGGAUGGAAGUACUGAAAGGGAACAAAUUUUAGAGACCGAGGGCCAUGUUUAAAUGUAGUUCAGUUUAGAAGUAAAUAUUAAUUUUGUACUUUAGAUUUUCG